UCAAAUGUGUUUAAUUUAAUAUUUAGACAUUUCAAAUUAAUAUUCCUAUUAAAAUCGCAUUUCUAAUCUAUAUGAGAUUUUUGGAUAUAAAUUCAAAUGAAACUUUAUUAGAUUUAAUUAUUUUGCAUAUUAAUUAUCUAUUCUUUAAUUUAAAAUAAAGAUAAUAAUAAAUAGACUACAAUUUAUCUUAAUGUUGAUUACCAGACUUGUUGGAACAGCCUUGUUUCUCAGAGUAGCAAACAGUUGCAAAUUAAGUAUAAUGGGAUGUGAUGAAAAUAAUUGUCGAAACAUGAAGCGGAAUCUAACAUACUUAUCCCAACAGCAUGCUGCAGAGUUAGAUCAAGAUCUAUUUAAUGAUUACAAAUUCAGUGUCGACCAGUUAAUGGAGUUGGCUGGAUUAAGUGUAGCUACUGCAGUUGCUAAGGUUUUCCCUGCAUCAUCAUAUAACUCAACAUUAAUAGUCUGUGGUCCAGGGAACAAUGGUGGCGACGGCUUAGUGGCAGCCAGACACAUGACUGGAUUUGGGUAUUCUGUAGCUGUUUACUAUCCAAAACGUACCCCCAAACCGUUAUAUGAGAACUUGCUGUGUCAAUGUGAAAAGUUUGGAGUAAAAAUCAUAGAAACUCUACCUCCAAUAAAUGAAAUAAAAGAUCAGUAUAAAUUAGUUGUUGAUGCUCUGUUUGGGUUCAGCUUCAAGCCUCCAGUUAGAGAUGUGUUAAAGCCUGCUUUAGAUGCCUUGAUUCAUUCUGGUGUGCCUGUUUGCAGUGUUGAUAUCCCCAGCGGAUGGGAUGUAGAGAAAGGUCCAGGCACAGAAGCUGCCUUAAAACCCGAGUUACUGAUAUCGUUGUCAGCGCCCAAGCAGUGCGCGAAGCCAGAGUUUAUAGGAGACGCUAAGCAUUACCUUGGCGGUAGAUUCCUUCCGCCCGGCAUUAUACAGAAGUAUAAUUUGACACUUCCCCCUUACCCCGAUCAAGAACAAGUUGUUGAAUUAUAAAUGUUACGCUAUUAAUACGGUAGGUAUGGAUAAGUGGAGAUAAUAAUAAUAAGUGGAAAUAAAAUUAUAAUUGUUGGUUUAUUUUUA